CCUUACCAGCUACCGGCAGUGUAGACACGAAAUAGGACAUAAAUAUUACUGUGAAAAAUAAAAAUAUCCAUUUUAAAAGUGCUUCAGAAGUUAAAAUGUAUAAUCAAACAUACGAAGAAGCACCAAUACCUUUAGUAGCAAAUUAUACGAUAGAUAAAGGCGAUGAUGAAGGAAAGCGGGAAGAGGAUCGGGUUAUUCUGGAAAUAGGACGCCCAGAUGACAGGCCACGUGAAGAAUUCACUUUCUCACAUAAGAAAUACGACAAGACGAUAUCACAUCACCGAUCUUACGUAUUAGAUGAAUAUACGGAGCCGAGAAGAGUUACUUAUUUUAGGCCACAUGAGUUGGAAUCGUUACCACAAGAAGGUUUCCAAUACAAUGAGUACGAGGGCUACAGAGAUGCGAUAGUAGCGCAGGAUGCGGCCAACUCUGAGUCGUCGCUGGAUUUCUCGCACGAGUCACAGGACAUCAGCAAAUACGACGACCACCAGUCUGACGUCACCAAUUGGAAAGAGAGAGCAUUACAAAUGGAAAAAGAAUAUAAGAAAACGGCAUGCGACAGAGAACGAACUCGCAUGCGCGAUAUGAACCGCGCUUUUGACCUGUUGCGCUCCAAGCUGCCAGUCACCAAGCCGUCUAAAAAGAAAUAUUCAAAAAUCGAAUGCCUCAGGAUAGCUAUCUGUUACAUCAGACAUUUAGAAUACAUGUUAUCAGGAGGCGCACCGGAAGAUAACCCAGCAUUUUUCGAACUGCAUGCCGUGGAAAGGCAAAGGCAGCAAAGGUACUAA